AUGUUCUCUCGCCUCUCCACCGUUGCUUUCUACGCCUUGUCCGCGCUUGCUAUCCUUGCUGCCGCCACCCCGGGAGGUCAACCCACCACCACCACCGUCCCAGUCACCACCACGAUUACGGUCACUGCGCCCGGGACUACUGCGACCGAACCCGCCAGUAGUUGCAGCACUGGUGAGCUCCAAUGCUGCGACAGCACUGAGGAGGCUAGUUCCGCUGCUGGUUCCCUUCUCCUCGGUCUCAUUGGAGUCGUUCUUCAAGAUGUCAACGUUUUGCUUGGUGUCACCUGCUCCCCCAUCACCGUCAUCGGUGUUGGAAACAGUGGCUGCUCUGCUCAGGCCGUCUGCUGCGAGGAUAAUGCUUGGGGUGGAUUGGUCUCUAUCGGAUGUGUCCCUGUCACUCUUUGA